CGUGAACUUUGAUCUCUGGUCACGGAUCGAAUUUUAAAAUGCCUUUUGCGUCAGGACCGAGAGACUUGACGGCCGGAUAGCCGAGCGGUCAAAGUGACAGCCUGCCGCUCCGGGGAUCCGAGACGGGUCGAAAAAUAUCCAAGAAUUGUGGGCCUGGCCGAACUCAUAAUUGGUUUGCUAAAAGAGACGCUCUUAGUGCCCACAGGACAAAAAGAGUUUUAAAAAAACCGAGAUGGAUUCUAUUUGUAUGCAAAAAUGAUUUAAAUCCAUUAAGCGGUUCAGUGGAGUUAACCAUCGCACAAACGUUAAACGCGUUGCUAAGAGAGCUCUGCUCAAUUAUUUAACUCGCAAGACUCGAGUAACGAUAUAGGUUAUCCAUAUUAUUAAUUUAUAAAUUUAUUAAGACGCCAAGAAGAUGGCUACUUCCUGGCUAUUUUUACGGAUCAGUUUGUUGAUGGAAAAUGUCUGGCAACACUGUUCCAAAAAUGAUGUGCAUGUUUGUGUACAAGUAGAUAUGUGGAUAUGUCUGUCAAUUUGUUUUCUAUAUACAAUCCCGGACCGACUACCAUAGAACAAUACGUAGAAGAAGUGAAAGAUUUUAGUUCUCAGUAUGGAAGCGAAGGUAGCAUCUCUUACACGGCGUUAAAUGUUGUUGGUGAACCGAAUAUUUUUCCGAAAUUCGGUGAUUACACCCAAGCAUUUCUUUUGAGAACUUAUGGAAGUUGGUGGUUAAAUUCGGCAUCUUUACAGAAACCGUUUUCUUAUUGUAUUCCAAAAGAUGAAGUCAUAAGUCAGGAUUUUCUUGAAGUCAGAUUUAAAGAGAAAGUAUAUCCAUUAGAACUGAACAUUUAUGAAACUUAUAAUCCUGGUGCAGUUGUUAAAGUGCUUGCAUAUAGCUACGGAAGUGCAGAAUGGAAGAUUAUUUGGAAAAGUUUGCCUCAAAUAGUACAUUCUCAAUCUCGGAUAUUUAAAAUUGAAACAAAAAAUGUCAACUUUGCUACAGAUUUAUAUCGAUUGGAAUUUUAUCAUGCGCAUCUAAAAUAUUAUUAUGAAUUGGAUGCCAUAUCACUUACUGGAAAAUCUCUUCUAUUUUCAUUUCAAUAUAUCCUUCAAAGUGAAUCUAAUUUAAAUGCAAAUGAAGAAAUUGGUCUUGCAGAAACAUUUGAAAAAGUUAGUUUAAAAGCUAUUAAAGAAUAUAAAGCAUUAGCAAAUGGAUAUUUUGAUCUUUUACCUAGUGAGGUCUUUAAUGUAAUUUUAAGUUACUUAGAUUUAAUGUCUUUAUGUAUAGCUGCAAGAGUUUCAAGAUUAUUUUAUAAACAUUGCUAUGAUCCAACUCUAUAUACUGGCUUAGAGUUAAAAUUAUAUUGGAACAAGGUAACAUCAGAUAUGCUUUAUGGACUUAAAAACAGAUGUUUAUCACUUCAGUAUUUAAAUCUUUCUUGGUGUGGCAAUAAAGGAAAAUUGAAUCCUGCUAGUUUUAUUCAAUUUUUAGAAAAUUGUGGGCAAUUUCUAAAAUUUCUUUAUUUAUCAAACUGUUCAUUUGUUAAUAAUGACUGCAUGAAAGCAAUAGCUGAUUUUUGUCCUUAUUUGCAUGAAUUUCAGAUUUGUAGCUGCAGACAAAGAAGUUUAGAUCAACUUGGAUUUAUGCAGAUAUCAAGAUUGGUCGAACUUCGACAUUUAGAUUUGUACAGAACUCUCAUUGAUAAACAUUCUAUUAUUGGAAUANUUAGGAAUUUGAAAAGUCUUGAUUUAUGGAGAGCAAAAACAUUAAGUUCUGUUGGAAUAUAUUUAUUAGCUAAUCAUUGUCUUCUGCUAAAUGAGAUUGAUAUUGGCUGGUGUAAUUCAAUAGAUGCAAGUUCAGGCUGUUUGAGAGAUCUGUUUCAUAAAUGCACCGAAUUGAAGAGAGUGAUUCUUACGACAAUACGUACAGUGUCUGAUUUUGAUCUGGUAACUAUUGCAAAUCACUUGAAAUAUUUAGAGCAACUUGAUCUAUUAGGUGUGAGAGAAAUAACUAAAGAAGGAAUAUUAAGGAUAUUGACGGAUUGUAAAAAGCUGAAGUUACUGGACGUGUCCUUCUGUGGCCAGAUUGAUUUUGAAACAGUUAACCACUGGCAGGAGAGGUUUCCAAAUAUAACCAUUCAGAAAAGCUAUCAAAUUCCAGAUUGAUAAACAAUAAAUCUAUAUUUUUAUAAAUAAAUG